UCACCGUCACCUCCGUCGCCGUCGUCGACGUCGUCAUCGUCACUACCAGUGAACCUUACCACCACCGUCAUCGUUCAUUCGACCCUUUCUCAUUCGUUAUCCUCCCCUUCGCAUUGUACUUUAAGCACUAGACUUCUCGAGCUGCCGCGGUUCCACGUGAUUUUCAAAUAUCUACGCGACGCAAGCGCCCCGUUCCUUCUUUUCGUCCACUAUCUUCCGCUCCAACGUAUACCCCUACCUACGGUUACCUACCGACCGAGUUUACGCCAUUAUCCCAAGUUUCUUUAAACGCGUCUAACGAUAACUUGAGCCACGCGCUUCGAAUUCUUUUACUCUUCUUUGCGUCGAACAAGUCCGUUUCCGCUUUUCGAUCAGCUGAAACAUCUACACUCGUUCGCACGAAUAAAUGUUUACGAAUUUCUUUUUCUGAUCGAUAACACCUUGUUACGUUAUAUAACGGUACCGAGAUCAACGGUGAAAUCGAUUCAAUUUCUUUCUACUUCGCAUUAAUGAAAAAAUAUCGAAAUCCCGCGUAAAAUUAUUCGAGUAAUUGAUAAGUGUUCUACGUGAUGACUAUAGAUGGAGCAAGCAACUGCGUGAAUCAGUCAAACUUGACAUUUCGAGUGAACUUGAGUAACGAACAAGGAACGCAAACGUUUUUACUAAAAGGGAAGGAGAUUAACGUAUUUUACGUUGUUACGUCUCUUUCGGCAAGAUGAAUAGACUCUUUGGUCGGCCCAAAGCCAAGGAACCGUCGCCGAGUAUCACUGAUUGUAUCGCCGGGGUUGAUAGCAGGGCAGACUCCGCGGAGAAAAAAAUAGCAAAAUUAGAUGCGGAAUUAAAGAAAUAUAAAGAUCAAAUGGUUAAAAUGAGAGAAGGCCCUGCAAAGAAUGCGGUUAAAGCCAAAGCAAUGCGCAUUCUAAAACAGCGUAAAAUGUACGAGGCACAGGUGGAUAACUUACGCCAACAGGCUUUUAACAUGGAACAAGCGAAUUUUGCCACUCAAACAUUAAAGGAUACUCAAGCGACUGUGGUUGCUAUGAAGGAAGGAGUUAAACAAAUGCAGAAAGAAUUUAAAAACAUCAAUAUAGAUCAGAUCGAGGAUCUUCAAGACGACUUGGCCGACAUGCUGGAACAAGCCGACGAAGUGCAAGAAGCGAUGGGUCGCAGUUACGGUAUGCCGGAUGUAGACGAGGAUGAAUUAGCAGCCGAAUUGGAAGCUCUUGGAGAUGAUUUAGCCAUCGACGAAGACACUAGUUAUUUGGACGAUGCUAUCAAGGCGCCUAGUGCACCUGACAAAGAACCUGGUACUAGCUCUGUUAGAAAUAAGGACGGCGUUCUGGUCGACGAGUUUGGUUUGCCACAAAUACCGGCUAGCUAAAGCAUUCUAUCCGUACGGGUUAACGUUACGUAUAUCGAUAUAUCCAAAGACGGUUGGUCAUUCAGCGAUUUUCAACUUUUAAUAUCCUUUUACGUAUGUCGUGGUAUAGCGUACUAAAUAUUUCAAAUUUCCAAAUUUAUCGAUGCAAAUUCCCCCAAAUAACCCUCGAUUCCAUUCGAGUAACGUAAUUUCGUUCUUGUCGAUAGAUAUCUUAUUCUUACACCGUUAUGUUCCGGUUGUUAAUGUAUAGCUGAGAUUAAUAAAUAAAAUCGUUUAAUCGAAAAUUUUAAACGAUCUGUAAUCGGGGGAUACUCUUUUCAUUUUCAUUUUGUAAUUCUGCGUAUUGCAUAAUCAGGUUUGAAAUUAUCUCUUUACUAUCCAUGAAAUGCGUUUCUUCGAAACCACGUACUUGCGUAUAAUGAUAUACAUGUGCCUGCAACAUAAACGUGUAAAAGUUUUCGUACAAUUUUCAAUUCGAUUAUCUUCCUUAUUUCUAGAUAGUUGAAAAAGCUUUAUGUACUAAAGUUACAUGUUACGGAUCAAACCAUAACGUCUCAGUCGUGAUCUAUUCAUUUUUCAUUCUUUUUUCUUCUAUUUUCCCUUUAAACGUUAUACCUUUCAGUAACUUUCAGAAAAUAUCGAAUAAAUUACGACUUUGACCACCUAUGAUCCAUCUAUGAUCUAUUUCUAAUUUCGCAAGAUCCAUCCUGUGUGCUAGUGUAUGCGCGUCACGCACAUCAUAUACGUCUCGACAUUACCUUUCUCUUAUACAGCCUGCUAAACUGUUUUAUUAUAUUUUCGAAUAACGAUGUCAUCGCAGAAGAAUUUAAAAGACACAGCAAGGAGGUUGAAUGUCCGGCUGGAGGUACAGAACACAAACCUACUUUCAUCGCCUCGCUGCUCCAUCCCGUGAACGAAACUUUUUUCCGAAAUCUAAGAACCGAAACAUAGCGUUACAUUCGAUCACGCGAAAA